AUGAAGGAGGAUGAGUUGAAAAUAGAAUUCGAGAUACUUAUAGAAGAAAUACAUGGAUUUAAAAACCCUGCACGUAUAAAAAUAAAAGAUGGAAAACUGUUGAAGGAAUUUGGAAAUAUACUCAAUGAUAGCAAGUUCACUGAUGUGACCAUCAUAACAGCUGAUAAAAAGGAACUUCGAGCCCAUAAAAACAUACUGGCAGCACGCAGUAAAGUGUUUGAGGCAAUGUUUGAUCAUGAGCUGGAGGAGAGCAAACUAAAUCAAGUGUACAUAAACGAUUUCAAUGAGGAGGUUAUACGCCAAAUGCUGCAAUACAGCUAUACCGGCAAAUUGACGAAAUUGGAUGAUUUAAAUGCUGAUCUUCUGGCCAUAGCCCACAAGUAUGAGCUGCAGGAGCUCGAAGAAAUGUGCGUUAAUUCUCUGCUUGAGAAGCUUUCCAUCGAAACAGCAGCAGAAGCAUUCAAAUUGGGAGAUCUGUACACUUAUCAAAUUCUAAAAGAAAGCGCAGUGAAUAUGAUGAAACAGCACGCAGCUAGUUGGAUCAGGGAAGACGCAUCCAAUGAACCUCAAGUACUAGUGAACAUUUCUGAGAUCAUUACGAAUUUGCAGAAACUUAAAGAAGCUGAAGACUGCAAAGAUGAACAGUGAAGAGA